AUGGCGUGGGCAUAUGCAGCCAGGCCCUUCCCUCCCCGUCCUUGUGGGGCUGUGUUGUCACACCGGCAAUGCGAGGGCGCGAGGAACUUUCUAAUUUUGGAAAGGGUUCGCAGUCGUGGAGGUGGUGGAAAAGUUGGGAUCCAGAUGGACUCUGCUGUGUACACUGCAUACAGCAGGCUGGACGCCCAGGACCACCAACGCAGCAGGGCUGGGCGGUGUCCCGCAGGGAGAAGGGGCUAUGUCCGGCACCCCGACCUCCAUCCCUGCCCCAAAUGGAUCCAGAGGCAGGAGUUCCUGCAGGCGGCGGCAACAGGCGUUGUCAGCCUGUCCUCUCCUCUGAAACCACACAGCUUUAACAGAGGUAGGCACUCGGGAGGAGGCUUGUGUUGCAGCUUCUGGACUCGAGCGCCUGCUGCAACAACCUCCAAAGAAAGCUCCAGUCCCUCAGGGAUCCUGGAUGUGCUCCUGUCACCAAGAACCAGCUCAGGUCUUGUUGGAGGAAGGUGCUUCGUCCUGAGGCUUUUCAGUCCGAGUGGAAGCUGGAUAUCUAACUGUGAGAGCAGGACAGAUGCACGUUGUGAAAACCCACAGAGAGGUCUCCUUCCAUCCUCCUGUGAGGCUGAGGAGGCAGGGGACGCCCCUGAGGCAGCCAUCCUGUCGAGGAUAGCUGAGGCGCAGGGUAGGGUGCCACCAGCGUCCUGCAGGGCCCACGUCCUUGACCUGCCCUCCACCCCGGCGCUCAGCGAGGCCUGGCUGCCCCCGGCUUCGGAGGGGCCAGAGGAAGGCGGCGCCUGUGGGGACAUGUCGCCUCACGCCUGGGAGCCGAGCGGGCCCCCGCUGUUGUCCCCCCAGCAAGGAGAGCUCAACUCCUUCCUCUGGACCAUCCGCCGCGACCCCCCCGCCUAUCUCUUUGGCACCAUCCACGUGCCCUACACGCGGGUGUGGGACUUCAUCCCCGACAACUCCAAGGCCGCCUUCCACGCCAGCUCCAGUGUCUACUUCGAGCUGGACCUCACCGACCCGUACACCAUCUCGGGGCUGGCCAGCUGCCAGAUGCUGCCCCACGGGGAGAACCUGCAGGACGUGCUGCCCCGGGAGCUGUACCGCCGCCUCAAACGCCACCUGGACUACAUCAAGCUGAUGCUGCCCCACUGGAUGACCCCGGACCAGCGGGGCAAAGGGCUCUAUGCCGACUACCUCUUCAACGCCAUCGCCGGCAACUGGGAGCGCAAGAGGCCUGUCUGGGUGAUGCUCAUGGUGAACUCCUUGACGGAGACGGACAUCCGCUCCAGAGGGGUGCCGGUGCUCGAUCUCUACCUUGCCCAGGAGGCCGAGAGGAUGAAGAAGACGACGGGUGCGGUGGAGAGGGUGGAGGAGCAGUGUCACCCGCUGAACGGGCUCAACUUCUCCCAGGUGCUGUUUGCUCUAAACCAAACUCUGCUCCAACAUGAAAGCCUCCGAGCAGGCAGUUUGCAGGCCCCGUAUACCACUGAAGAUCUCAUCAAGCAUUAUAACUGUGGAGACCUGAAUGCUGUCAUAUUCAACCAUGACACUUCUCAGGUCCCUAACUUCAUCAAUACAACACUCCCACCCCACGAGCAGGUGACGGCUCAGGAGAUAGACAGCUACUUCAGACAGGAGCUGAUCUACAAGAGGAAUGAGAGGAUGGGGAAGAGAGUGAUGGCGCUUUUAAGGGAGAACACAGAUAAGAGCUUUUUCUUUGCCUUUGGAGCAGGUCACUUCCUGGGUAACAACACUGUGAUUGAUGUACUGAGACAAGCAGGAUUUGAAGUGGAGCACACCCCUCCCGGACAACCAAUUGGAAAUUCAAGGACAACAAAGACAAGCCCAGCCUUGAAAGGGUCCUCAGCAACAGCCCUGCCUGCUGUCCAGCUUUCUGAGCAGGUCCCACUGACGUCUCCUUCCUUGAAGCCCCUGCAGAUGGACAACGAAGAUAGCCUGUCUCCUCACCUCCUGUUGCCAGAUAGCAUCAGCCAGCUGGAAGAGUUUGGCAGGCAGAAGAAAUGGCACAAGAAGCACCACAAACACCAUCGCCAGAGGCAGUUCAAUGACCUCUGGGUUCGGAUAGAAGACAGCACCACUACGUUGCCUUCCUAUAUCAGGAUAACUAAUGGCUACAUCACAGUCAAACCUCCCAUUUGGAUUUCAAACCGGCUGGAUCAGAGACCGCGUUCAGAUCGCCCAUCCCAGCCUCGGCCUACAAGCUCAGCUUCAGCCAGCAUUUUAUGGCCAUCAAUAACUUCUCCUCUCUGCGUGGCCAUAGCUUCUUUUCUCCUGAAUCUACUGCAGCCUUCCUGACCACAUUAGUAUUACGUGCAAUCCCUUGGAAUAGAGAAGAAAGAUAAUUUAUGAAUGAAUUGGAGGUUAAGACAACAACAGUUACAAGCUGGACCUUCUCAGUGAAUCAAUAGUGCCUUCUAGCUGAUUUUGUCUCUUUGCCCAGAUACAUUUUGAAACUCUAAAGCUUUAUUGUAACACUGACUUACAUCUUCUUUUUGUAGAAGGAUCUUUAUUUCCCAUAGUGCUAUGGGGUUUUGUAAAAUAUACAUGUUCAUAUAAAGAAAAAAAAGGAAAAGAAAAAAUGUAUUUAUUCAACUGGUAAACUUAUUUUUCUUGUUGUAUAUGUUAAUAACAUCCCUAUUAAUCAGUAGUGAUGGUGAAACAGAUAAAUUAAUAUUUUCUAUAUUUGUUUUCUAACUGACAACUCUGCAAAUGUCUGAACUGACACCAAAUGAAUGGCUUCUUUGUUUCUUUAGCCAUUACUUUUUACAGCAACUGUCCAAUAAGUACAUUUCUGCUGAACUUCUUUAUUUUACUUUUUUUAUCUCAUUAGCAUAGCUUACACUGAAUAAAGCAGAUCCUGCUCUCUGUGGCGUAUGCCCAUUAGAAAAAUAGGUGCAUUCUUAACUCAAGUUAGCUGCUACAACCUAAAAUCCCAGUUAUUUUUAUAUGACUUAGUAAGUCAUUAGUCAAGAUAACCCUCUAAGUUCCCCUGUUGUCUUUAACUAAACUAUUUAACUUCUUUGGAAAUUACCAAUUUCCCUCUUUGCCCUGGGAUUAAUUCAUUAGCUAACACAAAUUAAGACAGCUUUUUCUUAAUAAAAAAUUGCUUUUAAAGUCUGC